UGAACAUUUUACGUACCAAAUCCAACCCCCAAAACUUCUCUUUCCAUCUCUCUUUCUCUUAACUGUCUUCCCAUCAAACCCAAAAAUAAAAUUGUCCAUUUCUGACAACCUUUAUUUCAUCUUGCAGUACAUCUCUCUGUUCUGCUCUGUUCUGUCCUUCCCUCUGUUACAAUUUCAGCUAAAUCCCCUCUCCCUUUAAAAAUCACCUGAACGAACACACACCAUCAAAUAGAAAAAAGAUUCCAUUUUUCUUGUUUUAUUAUCUUGUCCUAAUCUGUUCCAUCUGCUACUUGUUAUCCAAAAGGAAGAACCCAAUUUGUCAAUGAACUUAUCUUGUUUAUAAAAUCAUUGAUUUGUUGAAGCUUUCAAAGCAUCUUUUGAAGGAGAAAAAAUGGGGAUGUUUAUUUAGUGUUUACUAUGUGUUUGAUUAUUUGUAACAGUUAGAAUCAGAUUAAAUUUGUAAUACAAUGACGGGCGGAAGGCGAAGAAAGCAGCAUUUUAGCCGAAUACAUGCUUUCUCAUGUGGGAAAGCUUCAUUCAGAGGGGAUCAUUCAUUGAUUGGAGGACCUGGUUUCUCAAGGGUUGUAUAUUGUAAUGACCCUGAAUGCUUUGAGGCCAGUCUUCGUAACUAUGCUGGUAAUUAUGUUCGAAGUACAAAGUAUACGCUUGCGACGUUCUUUCCCAAAUCGUUGUUCGAGCAAUUCAGGAGGGUGGCUAAUUUUUAUUUUCUCAUAUGUGCUAUACUGUCUUUUACACCGUUGUCUCCUUACUCAGCUGUUAGUAAUGUUCUUCCAUUAGUUGUUGUCAUCGGAGCUACUAUGGGAAAGGAGGCUGUCGAAGAUUGGAGACGAAAAAAACAGGACACUGAGGUUAAUAACCGGAAAGUUAAGAUGCAUCAAAGUGAUGGUAUUUUCGAACCUACUAAAUGGAUCGAUUUGAAAGUCGGAGAUAUAGUCAAAGUUGAAAAGGAUGAAUUCUUUCCUGCGGAUCUCAUUUUACUCUCUUCGAGUUACGAGGAAGCUAUUUGCUAUGUUGAAACGAUGAACCUUGAUGGCGAAACCAAUUUGAAACUAAAAGGAGCAUCCGAUGUAACUUCAAGUUUGCACGACGAUGCAAGCUUUCAAGAUUUCAAGGCUACCAUUAGAUGUGAAGAUCCGAAUGCAAACUUGUACUCUUUUGUUGGUAGUCUCGAACUUGGAGAUGAACAAUAUCCUUUAUCUCCUCAGCAGCUUUUACUUAGGGACUCCAAAUUACGGAACACGGAUUAUAUUUUUGGUGUAGUUAUCUUCACAGGCCGUGACACAAAAGUUAUUCAAAAUUCAACGGAUCCUCCUUCGAAAAGAAGCAAGAUUGAGAAGAGGAUGGAUAAUAUCGUGUACUUUCUGUUUGCUGUCCUAGUUGGGCUUUCUAUUAUCGGGUCGAUUUUCUUUGGCAUAGAAACUAGAGAGGACUUGGAAAAUGGAAAAAUGAGGAGAUGGUACCUUAGGCCGGAUGACACUACAAUUUAUUAUAACCCAAAAAGGGCAGCCGUUGCAGCAAUUUUACAAUUUUUGACAGCUCUCAUGCUUUAUUCAUAUUUGAUUCCGAUUUCCUUGUAUGUAUCCAUCGAAAUUGUCAAAGUUCUCCAGAGUAUUUUCAUCAACCAAGAUCUGCAUAUGUACCACGAAGAAACUGACAAGCCAGCACAUGCUCGGACCUCAAAUCUAAAUGAAGAACUUGGCCAGGUUGACACUAUACUUUCUGACAAAACCGGAACUUUGACUUGCAACUCCAUGGAAUUUAUCAAAUGUUCUAUAGCUGGAACAUCGUACGGUCAUGGAAUUACUGAAGUUGAAAGAGCUCUCGUAUGGAGAAAAGGUUCACCUUUGGCUCGAGAGGUGCCAGAGAUCAAUGGCCAAGUAGAGGAGUUUAAGAAAGAAAAGCCAUUGGUCAAAGGGUUUAAUUUUGUGGAUGAAAGAAUCAUGAACAGUAAUUGGCUAAACGAACCUCAUGCUGAUGUGAUUCAGAAGUUUUUACGACUAUUGGCUAUCUGUCAUACUGCAAUACCCGAAGUGGAUGAAGAAACCGGAAGAAUUUCGUAUGAAGCCGAAUCACCAGAUGAGGCAGCAUUUGUGGUUGCAGCUAGGGAAUUGGGAUUCGAGUUUUAUGAAAGGACACAAACAAGCAUUUCAUUAUAUGAGUUCGAUCUCUCCGGGAAAAAAGUCAAAAGAUCUUAUAAACUAUUGAAUAUCUUGGAGUUUAGUAGCUCGAGAAAGCGGAUGUCUGUGAUUUUGCAGAAUGAGGAAGGCAAGCUGCUGCUACUCUGUAAAGGUGCCGACAGUGUCAUGUUUGAAAGACUCGCAAAGAAUGGAAUAGAAUUCGCAGAGCAAACCAAGGAGCACAUUGAAGAAUAUGCCGAUGCCGGUUUGAGGACUUUGGUACUUGCAUACCGUGAAAUAAAUGAGGAAGAAUAUGUUGAGUUCAAUGAGAAAUUCAUGGAAGCCAAGAACAUAGUGAGUGCAGAUAGGGAGGAAAUGAUCGAGGAAGUGGCGGAGAGUAUUGAGAGGGAUUUGAUUCUUCUUGGUGCUACAGCUGUUGAAGACAAACUUCAAAAUGGGGUUCCGGAAUGCAUUGACAAGCUUGCACAAGCUGGGAUCAAGAUAUGGGUUUUGACAGGAGAUAAGAUGGAAACAGCCAUUAAUAUCGGCUUUGCCUGUAGUUUGCUGAGACAAGGAAUGAAGCAAAUAAUAAUAAAUUCAGGUACACCGGAGAACAAGGCAUUGGAGAAAUCCGGGGAUAAAACCGCUGCUGCAGCGGCAUAUAAAGCAAGCGUUCUCCAGCAGAUAGCCGAAGGGAGGCAGUUGCUUACAUCGUCAAAUGAAAAUUCUGAGGCAUUGGCUUUGAUUGUUGAUGGAAAAUCAUUAACUUAUGCUCUGGAAGAUGAUGUCAAAGAUGCCUUCUUAGAACUUGCCAUUGGGUGUGCAUCCGUAAUUUGUUGUCGUUCAUCUCCUAAACAAAAGGCUCUAGUUACAAGACUGGUUAAAACUAAAACCGGAAGUACAACUCUAGCAAUCGGUGAUGGAGCAAAUGAUGUCGGUAUGCUUCAAGAAGCCGAUAUCGGAGUUGGUAUCAGCGGUGUAGAAGGAAUGCAGGCUGUCAUGUCAAGUGACAUUGCAAUCGCCCAGUUCCGGUUUUUGGAGCGCUUGCUUCUGGUGCAUGGACAUUGGUGUUAUAGACGGAUUUCAUCAAUGAUUUGCUAUUUCUUUUACAAGAAUAUUGUUUUCGGUUUCACUCUCUUCUUCUAUGAGAUAUAUGCAUCAUUCACGGGACAAGCUGUAUACAACGAUUGGUUUCUUUCCUUCUAUAAUGUUUUCUUCACUUCACUGCCUGUGGUCGCUCUUGGAGUUUUCGACCAGGAUGUCUCAUCCCGUUUAUGUCUUAAGUUUCCUUUAUUAUAUCAAGAAGGCAUACAAAAUGUCCUAUUUAGCUGGCUUCGGAUCGUUGCGUGGGCAUUUAACGGAGUCCUAAGUGCUACGGUCAUCUUCUUCUUCUGCAUCCGAGCAACGCAACAUCAAGCCUUCCGCAAAGGUGGGGAAGUUGUCGGUUUAGAGAUCCUUGGCACCACCAUGUAUACAUGUGUGGUAUGGGUCGUAAACUGCCAAAUGACAUUGUCCAUAUCUUAUUUUACAUACAUACAACAUCUCUUCAUAUGGGGCAGCAUAAUAUUAUGGUAUAUCUUCCUCAUGGCAUAUGGGGCCAUGGCCCCGAGCAUAUCGACUACUGCCUACAAGGUGUUCAUUGAAUCCUGUGCGCCUGCUGGAAUGUAUUGGCUUCUUACUCUCCUUGUGUUGAUAUCUUCACUUCUCCCGUAUUUCAUUUACUCGGCUAUCCAAGUCCGGUUUUUCCCCUCGUAUCAUCAGAUGAUACAAUGGAUUCGAUCCGAUGGUCAAUCCGAUGACCCUGAGUACUGUCAUAUGGUGCGACAGAGAUCGUUACGGCCCACAACAGUAGGGUAUACUGCACGGUUAGAAGCAAAAUCAAGAAGCUCAAGAAAGGGAGGCGAGGAUCAUCAAUGAUCACUGUUUAUUUGACCGGAAUAUGGUUUGUACAUUAUUACUUGUGCUGCUGGAGUUUCUUUCAAAUGUACAUAUUUAACAUCAAGAAAAAGGUAUUUCUUGACAAGAAAAUUAUGUCUGUUAAGAGGUGCAGCCUAGUAGUAUCCAACAUUUGGGGGUUCUAAGUUCCAAGUUAGAACCAUCAUUUUUGUGUUUUGAUUUGUAUGAAAGAUGUAAGGUUAUACACAUAAAAGUAAACUAAUUUCUAUUUGUUUCUUCAAUCUUUAAAGAAAAUUGAUGAAAGUGAUUAAGUUAUUUUU